CAUCUCCUCCUCUCUCCUCUACUCGUCGUGUGGUCGCUCUCCUUCCGCCGUCGAUCCAGAGGGCAAACGAUGUCGUCGUCCAAGUCCAACUUCUUCAGCCGCGCCUGGAACAGAGCUCGCGGCAAGUCGGAUGUGGAGAGGAUCUGCAAGAAGGUCUUCGACGACCUGGCGGACAAGGACACGGAGCUCCUGGACAUCAACUCCCUCCACGUCGCCACCCUGAUGGUUUACAAUUCAAUCAACAAGCAGUUAAUCGGGCCUCACAAGGACCCUCCCUGCUUGGAGAUCGUCGCUGAAAAAAUGGAGGAGUACCGCGCGAAGAAAGGGAUAGCGUUCACGGAGUUCCAGGAGCUGAUCCUCAGGUGGGUGGAGAAGGACCUGCGGCUGGUGCUCGUGAACAAGGCCGCCCUCGCGGUCCUGGGCGCGCCGCUGCUCGCCGUGACGGCCAAGAACGCCGGCAGGCGGGUGCCGAGGGUCAGCGACGCCGUGGAGAAGGUGCCCACGCCGCUGGUCGCCGCCGUCUUCUCCGUCGGGCUCCUGCUCCUGCAGGACGUCCGGGUGGGCAGGCAGAGGGAGUGAACAGGUCGAUCGGACGGGUGGGCUCAUCGAUCCAAAGCGCUGGAAGGCUUUCGCUUUCAGGCACUGGCUCACGGGACAUGGUGGUCCCAUCCCAUUGCUUUGCUGCUGCGUGAUGGUAGGCUGGAAGCCUGAUCGAUAAUGAUGUGCUACUACUUAAGUUGCAGACUUCACCGGCAAUUGGCAUCUGGAUGGCACGUAUAUGCAAAAAUCAUGGGAGAGAAUUGGCACUCUAAUAAUUGCGACGCUCAUUAUUAAUUCAAGAUGCAUGUUGAUUUAUACGCUUAAUAUGUGGUUUUCUUUUUUUGUCUAAAAGAAACAAGUGUGCCCGGUAGCA